AGCGGUUUGUGCUGGGAGUUGGUGGCGCGGUGCAGGGCUCUUAGGAACGAACGGCUUGGGCGCGGGUAAUCAGCUCCCUUUUCCCCUUUUCUCUACCUCUUCUAGGUUCUUGGGAAUACGGCGGACCUUCCGGACCUGAUGCGGGCGCCCGGUCGUGGACUGUCCCACCCUGUUCCUCUACUGCUCGGGGUGCUCCGCGCCCAGACUGGUAUCCGGGGACUGUGACUUGCAGGGUCCACCAUGGAACCAGAGCAGAUGCUGGAGGGACAGACGCAGGUUGCAGAAAAUCCCCACUCUGAGUACGGUCUCACAGACAACGUCGAGAGGAUAGUAGAAAAUGAGAAAAUUAAUGCAGAAAAGUCAUCAAAACAGAAAGUGGAUCUCCAGUCUUUGCCAACUCGUGCCUAUCUGGAUCAGACAGUUGUGCCUAUCUUAUUACAAGGACUUGCUGUGCUUGCAAAGGAAAGACCACCAAAUCCCAUUGAAUUUCUAGCAUCCUAUCUUUUAAAAAACAAGGCACAGUUUGAAGAUCGAAACUGACUUAUUGGGAAGAACAGAAAAAUUUGGUUUCCACUGUAGAUUUACAUGAUUAAGAGGCAACUUUAAUUGCCAUGAUUUCCCCCCCCCCCAUUUUGGAAGUAUAAGAAUCAUCAGGACAGCAGAACUUAUUUUGGAGUUGCAGAAGAAGACAUAUCUCCCUUAUUGAUUUAAUCACAUACUUAUUUAAUGAGUGUAUUCUGUGCAAUUUUUUCUGAUUGUCUUUAACUUUGUUUUUAAAAUGACCUUCAAAAUAAACUGUUAAAACAUCA